AACAGUUUGUUAUACUUGUGGUUUUCUAGCUGGAAUGAAUAUAUCUGAGUCUAGUUACUGUCAAGAGACGAGUUCUCAGCCAAGUCGGGGUGCAGCAGAGCGAUCAUGGGUUCCAGCCUCCAGCCCUAGCUCUGAACGCGGGCAUAACUUUGACCACGGCCUGACCGGAGACCUAGGGCCCACGGCCGGAUCAGCGGGACGGUCGGUGUCCCGGGCAGGGGGAGGAGGAGGGAGCGAAGGGAGGACGGGGAGUCCUGACUCGACCCGACCUGGAGCUCCAGGCCUGGGCUCGGGAGAAGGCAAACCUGGGUCUGAGCCCCGAAUCCGCCGGCCCAUGAACGCCUUCAUGGUAUGGGCCAAAGACGAGCGAAAACGGUUAGCUCUGCAGAACCCUGACCUGCACAACGCUGUUCUGAGCAAGAUGCUGGGUCAGUCAUGGAAGUCUCUGAGCACUUUGGAUAAGAGGCCUUUUGUGGAAGAGGCGGAGAGACUACGUCUGCAGCACCUUCAGGACCAUCCAAACUACAAGUAUCGUCCCCGUCGCAAAAAACAGGCCAAGAAGAUGAAACGUGUGGAGCCAGGCCUGCUCCUCCACGGCCUGGCUCAGGGUGGGAGCCCUGGCUCCGGAGAGGCCUACCACCCUCACUCUCAUCCCCACCACCUGCUGCCCCCGCUGGGACAGUUCCGAGACUUGCACCCUGGGGCUCCAGAGCUGGAGAGUUACGGCCUGCCCACCCCGGAGAUGUCCCCCUUGGAUGUGUUGGAGGAAAGUGGAGGUGACUCUGUGUUCUUCCCACCUCACAUGCAGGAGGAUGUAGGCCUGGCGUCUUGGAUUAACUACCACCAUCAUCAAAAUCAUGGUCAGCUUGGCAGCCAUCAUAGCACCAACCACCAUCACCACAACGCCCACGCUCAGAGUCACUCUCACCCACAUAGCCACCCUCACCUCAGCCAGAAGUCUCCUCUGGCCUGCCGCCCACUUCAGGAGAAAAGCAUGGCUCCUGAACCCACGAACGCUCACGCUCUCUAUUCCCAGGCUUCAAUGAGCCUCCCUGAGCCGGUCAAACCUCCUCAGCUCCCUCCCACUGCUACUGCUGGUUAUUACACUCAGCUCUAUGGUAACGCUCCUCAAGGAGCCUUCACCGCCCAUCUGGGUCAGCUCUCACCUCCGCCCGAAGCCCCUGCCUCAGCUCCCGCUCCGGUAGCGGCACCGCCCCCACUGGACUCUGUGGACCAUUUGGGACCUUCCUCAGAGUUCUGGAGCGAAGUGGACCGCCACGAGUUUGAUCAGUACCUGGGUGCAAACCGGACUAGAUUGGAGGGGUAUGGCAGCCCCCUGUCCAAAAUGCCGAGUAGGAACGCAUCCUGCGAGGAGGGUAAUACUUUGAUUUCGGCUCUGUCAGAUGCCAGUAGUGCUGUUUACUACAGCGCCUGCAUCACUGGAUAAACUCUUUACUGCUUCUGCUUCUGUUUGCCCUAACUUACACUGUCCAUUCCAGAUCCUUCACUUCCACUAAAAAAAGAAAAGAAAAAAAAAAACAGUCUGUAAAAUCCACUUCAAAAUGGUGAAGGUGCUACAAUAACGAUUUACUUUAUUACAACUUUCCAUCUCAGGUGUCAAAGGGGCACAGCUGAACGGGUUUUAUUGAAAAGUUCUUUGUCCAUUUCUCUUUUUCAGUCCUGUCUUUUGUUUUUCAGACGGAUCAUGUGUGUUUGUUAAAGGGCACAGUGGAAGAGAAGGAAAUAAUGUGAAUACUCCUAGAAUUUUCUCAGAGUUUAUGUACUUACUUGUCUGUUUUAUUUUUUAAUUUACCAUUUUCAUAUAUUCAAAUUUGCACUGGGUCCAAAUAACUAUUGUUCUUGAACUCUAUGUGAUGAAAACCACUCGAAAAAAUCAUUUAUACUGCACUUAAUAUCUUUCAAAUAUCCAAAAUGUUCUUUCAAGAAGCCAUGACAUCAUGUAUGGAAUUUAAAAUAAUAAUUGUUUUUUGGACAAGUAUAAUUUAUUUCAUAUUUUGUUGUUAUGCCUGACUAAAAGUAUUUGAAAUGCGCAUUUCAUCUGAAGAUGUACUUUUUUCUAAUCUUCUGAGUCAGCUCAUGAAGAACAUGAAAACUUGGUUACAACUCCAGAGCUUUUGGUAAUAAUUAUCUUCAAAUAAAAGAGUUUGCAAUAAAAAAAAUGUCUUGGAGCUAUUAAAUCAAAACAAUUAAAUUGAAAACACACAAUUGUAAAUAGCAUU